CCGCCCUCACCGUUCCGCUUCCGGGUGCCGGUCCCGCGGAAGCCCCGCUGCUCUUCGGCCGCUCGGAGCGGCGAGGACACAGGAGCAGUGGAUGGUGGGAGGGUGCCUGUCCCGCCCCGCCCCGCCCCGUCCCGGUAAGCCAUGGCCUAUCAGCUGUACAGGAACACCACGCUGGGGAACAGUCUGCAGGAGAGCCUGGACGAGCUCAUACAGUCCCAGCAGAUCACUCCUCAGCUGGCGCUUCAGGUGCUACUUCAGUUUGAUAAAGCUAUCAACUCGGCACUGGCACAGCGUGUCAGGAACAGGGUCAACUUCAGGGGGUCUCUGAAUACAUACAGGUUCUGUGACAACGUAUGGACAUUUGUACUGAAUGAUGUUGAAUUUAGGGAGGUCACUGAACUUGUGAAAGUGGAUAAAGUGAAAAUUGUAGCAUGUGAUGGAAAAAACACUGGUUCCAAUACUGCAGAAUGAACAGAACUGGAGUUAGUCUGCAAUAUUUUAAUAUGCAGCACUUUCUGGAGAGAAGCAUGGAGAGGGACUGUGUUCAUUCUUAAUUCUUGUGAUGCAAGUGUGAGUUAAUCCAUGCUAGGAAGUCUCUCAGAAUGACAGCAAAAGAAAUACCUGUAGCAUUUCUUCAGUUCACCCUAUAGGGCAUGAAUACAAUAUUACCUUUUUUUUUUUUUUCUUAAUUACAACAGAUACUGUUGUGUUUUGGGUUUUUUUUGUUCAAAGUCGUUUCUGUAAUAAACUUUUAUUUAAAAACUUGUGGAUGACUGAUCAUUGGAAAACUUUAUUUAAAAACAAUCAUUAAUAUAUUUAUUAUAUUCUCCCAAGAUUGUCUAAGUGUGUUUAGAGUCAUGUUACUCAUGCAGAGGUCAUCCAGUUACAGGGUUCUGAGUAAGGUUUCACUGGUAAGUAUUGCAGGAAAUGGCUGUUUCAGGAUGGAGGACAUCGACAAAAGCAACUCAUGCUGGCCGGUAUAUUUGUCUAUUUGUUACUGCAUCUUUCUAUCUAUAAAUUUGUCCAUUUGGUACUCUCAGCUAAUAAUAUAGUAACCCAAGUAUUAAAGUUAUUGCACAGCUAAUCAAAGUAAUGAAUGAAACUGAGUCUCGUAAGAUUGCUUUAUGUUCUCAACAAAUGUUAGUGCUGCUUGGUUUAUUGUUUCUCUUAUUUUUCAUUGUUGUGAAAUACAUUUACUAGGACACCUGGCCAGCAGGAUUUCAGGGAAGGAGCUGAGCUAUGAAUUUUGAGAUACCAAAUGGAUAACUUUGAUCUUUUUAGGCUUACACAUUAAAUAACUCCAAUCAAGAAACCCUGAAAAUAGUUUCUUCACUAGAAGUAUGAAUAUAAUAUACUGACAGCUUGUUUGUCUGACAGUGACUGUUCCAGUGUGGUCAUAGGAAUGCCUGUUGCUUCGGUACUGCCAAAUUCCAUUUAUUUUUGACAGUAGGCUACUUAAAGACCAGUAGAAACUGGAAGCCAUACAGAAGAAAAGUCAAGGGGUAACUGUUUUCAGAUCA